AUGCUCGAAGAACCUCCCGCAAAACGAACAAGGAGGUCUGCUUCACGUGGAGAAGCAGCGCGAACAUCACAAGCAUGUACCUCCUGUAGAGAACGGAAAAUUAAAUGCUCCGGUAUCCAACCGUGCCGUUAUUGCUUGAAGAGACAGUUCGAAUGCAUUUUCCCUGAGAACGUUCGAAAGAAGAUGUACUCAGUAGCCUAUGUAGAAGAUCUGGAAAGACUGGUUUCCUCUAUUGAGGAACGAGAGAACUCAAAUAUCGCAAUACAGCCGGAACGAAGCACUGUGCCUUCCAGUCCCAGUCCUGUUGAUCAGGAAGGACUCACUGAGACUGGGGGAAGUUCGCAAGCAUCUCCGAUCCUCAUGGACUCUACAAUGUCCUCAAGCGUUCACUUUGGUUCGAGAAUCCGAGGAUUACCCACAAACCUAAAUACCAGCAUUCAAAUCGCGGCGAGCCUACCAACGGAAAGUCCUGACAACGUCUACAAUCUCGAACCUGAUGCAUCAAAAGUUCUCCACAAUUUAGAAAACAUUGACUGGCCGAGUGAAGAGCAAGCCCAUGAUUUACUAAACACUGUACUCGCCUCAAUUGGACGGGUGCAGCACCUCAUAGAUCCACGGGCCUUUUCUGACAGACUAUCCAGCUUUUAUGACGGUUUUCCUGCUCAAAAUGUAUCUGAUGAUCUUUGGUACGUUGAGAUGCUGAUGGUAUUCUCGCUUGGCGGCCUUCUCCAAGGAAAGCUGAAAGAAGGAUCAUCCUUUCCUGGUGCAGACUACUUCCUAGGGGCUAUCAAUCGUCUCCCAUCACUCUGCACUUUGCGCAACGCAGAUACUCUCGCAGUGGAAAUUAUGGGCCUGUUUGUUUUCUUCCUCCAAUGCUCAGACCGUAAGGACGACGCCUAUGUAUACGUGAGUACUACGAAGGCCGGCGUCGCACUGAGAUUGGCCUUAUCUAACGGCCUCGCUCGCGAUAAAACGACACAAGCUAUGCCACGAUCGCAGAAGACUCAUCGCAACCGAUUAUGGUGGACAAUCUACAUGCAGGAGAGACGAUUGGCCGCCGCAACUGGGAAUCCGAUUGGGGUCAGCGAUGAUGAUAUAACUGUGCCACUACCUACAGACUCGCCUGGCUUCUAUUCGACUAUGGCGUUGAAUCUGAACAUCCAAAUUGCCAGAAUAACUGGCAAGAUAAUUCAGAGUGUCUAUAGCCACAAACCGACGUCUGAGAGAAGAUAUUUGAGACGUGUUCAACAUAUCUUGUCAGAGCUUGCGCAAAUAUGGAAAUCAAUGCCCUCAGAAUACACUCUCAACUUCUCGCAACCUCUCACGGUAACUCGAACUAGAGCAACAUUGCAUUUAAUGCUUUUUCAGGCGAUGGCACUGACUACAAGGCCGAUUCUUCUCCAUUUGGCGACCUCUAAGUCGAACGGCAUGAACAUAGAUGCUUUAUUGGCUGAUACAUCACCUUUGCAGAAGCUAUCAGCUACUUGCAUCGAGGCUGCAGGUCGGAGCCUUGAUAUGCUGCUUGCGCUCCGACAACAAGGCUUGUUAGGUAAUUCGUAG